AAUCAUUACUGAAGUCCAGAGGGAUCAGGACUAAACACACUGUUGCUCUCAUCCAGUUUUCCCUCUCUUUGGACCUCGGAUACAUGUUCUUGCCGUGAUGUUGGGAGCCAGGCUGUCCGUGCUUACUGCCUGUCUCUGUUGCUUGCUCUGGGCCUGUGGAUACGGACAGGAGACACAGCAGGACACACUGCUUUUCUGUGAUGACAAACUGGUUGAGGAAGCAGUGGAUUCAGCCUUGGUAAAACUCAAUGGGAUGCUGACCUCGGGAAAUCAGUACUCUCUAUAUCAAAUUCUUGAGGCCAAGAAGGUUGAGAAUGAGACAGGCACAGAGUUGGCACUGCGCUUCACCAGCAGGCUAUCAGAUUGUCCAGUAGGGGGAGACAAGGCAUGGAGAGACUGUGAAUAUUUUCCAAUUGGCCCUGAGAGUCCCAGAACUUGUAAAGCGAAUGUAUUUGUGACAGAGGGAAGUUCAGACGUCCAUUUAGUUGACUGUGCUUCUGAGCCUGUAGUUACUGUUGAGCGAGCCCCUUGCCUUGGUUGUCCAGAGUUAAUUGAUCUGGAGAGUGAGGACUUGAAAGAGCCGUUGAGGUUCUCUAUUGGACAAGCAAAUAAUGCACAUAAUGAAGUCGAUCUCUUAAUACUGAAAGAUGUUGUCUCUGCCUCAAGACAGGUGGUAGCUGGAUUCAGGUACCAAUUGAGAUUUAAUAUGCAGAGUAGUAACUGCACCAAAGAAGAGUUUAAGGAGGUGACAGAAGAAUGCCAUCCACAUGAAAAACCGACAUUUGUGAGAUGUAAUUCCACUGUUGAUGUGGCUCCAUGGCGUCAUGAAGUACCAGAUGGAAGUGUCCACUGUGAACUUGGUCAAUUUAUGGUUUCAAGGAGGAGACCUCCAGGUUGGACUCCACUGAGGACCAUUGAAGAGCCUUUCAAGACUACUGAGCCUCCAAUGAAGGAGUCCUCAGAGGAGGAACAGGACACAGCAUCAGCAGCCAGCACGGCAACCAAUCUGGAGAUGACUGCAGCUCCAACCAUCACAACUCCUCCUCAAUCCUCCAGCACCCAGAAACCUUUCCAUUGUCCCUCAAAACCCUGGAAGCAGUUUCUUCCACAGAUUGCUACUGUCCCAGUCCCACCAUCGACAAAUACCUCAAAACCAGAGUCAGAUGGGUUAUUCAGUGAUGCAGAUUUGUUAAUAGGCUAGCCUAUCCAUUUGUAAGAGGUUGUUUGUGGUAACAAGCAAAAAUAUAACUUGUGUGCUCUUAUUUGAAAAAUGCUAAAU